GAGCUGAUUUCUCUGAACACGAGCAGGUUCAACUAACUCAAUGCCCUCCAAAGUUUUUAACCUUCAUGAGCAUCCAGUCCAAACCCGUCCUGGAUCAUUCUGAUAAUGUCGAAAAUAGUUGAAUGCUUAAGUUCAUUCCUGACCGUUGAAACAGUAGUUUGACUAAAAAAAAAACCCCUCAAAAGGUCCACUUACUAGCUUCUUCUUAGUCUAUCCACCACAUCGCCUCCCCUGCACAUGGUGUGUGACACUCUUUGCUGAGGCAGCAGCUUUCAACAGGUACCAGCUUGUACAUCGCCUCAAAUACACUAAUGGAAAUGUCAUCCAGCAGGUUGCAGCAGGAUGAAUAUGAAUUAAUGGAUUAAAAAAAAAAAAAUUGUAUAGACAAUUAACAUCCUACUUUACUCCAUUCACCAAUGAAAUGUCAUGUGCAAGGCUGGAUUAUCAAGGCCUGUUGUGUUUUGUGUCUAUUUAUGUUAAAGUUCAUCAUGGACUAUGCACCUUGAGGGUAUCGACUGAGGCCUGAAAUUGGGUCUUCCACUUAAAUGAUCCUGAAGCCCUGUCUUUAAGAGGGGUCCUGUGUCAAAAGCAAGUUAAAUGUUGCAUAUUCCUAUGUUAACAUGUUCAGUCAAAUAACCAUACAGCAAGCCUAGUGUCAGUCAGGUACUAUAAUAGCAUUAAUAAGAACCCCCAAUGCACACGAAGUGGCAGAUAUGGAGGGGGGUCGGCACUAUGUGAUGAGUGAGGAUGAAGGGUGUAAUGGGGCAAGAAUGAACCUCAGCUGAUGGAAAAAUGUAACCAUGGGUUUAACCAUUUAAAUGCAGUGUCGCACUAGAUGAAGGGCCGAUUCACAGUACUGGUCUUGGAGCUGCCCUUCAACAGGCAACGGGCAGGAAAGUAGUCCCGGUCAGUUUGGCAGAAUUGGCAUUUACUAGCAGUAGUGUAGUACAGCGCCACCUACCGUUGGCCCAACCCGUUGAUACCACCACAGCUGAGUGCUGAGGCAUUGUGUACAUCCGAGGCUCCGCAGGGGAGGGAGGGGGGGGCACCAGAUGUAGCCAAAUCGCGCAUGCGCUCAAACCGGAGAAACCCACUCCAGAAGGACGCCCGCUGUCGGCCGGUUCCCGCCACUACUGUGUGGGGUUGUUUACCUCACAGACUCGAACACAGAAACCAGAGGCUCGCCGCAGUUUUUGAGGUACAAGGUUGUUUUUUUUUCAACUGACGUUCGCUUAAUUGGCCAAAUUGAUUGAUGGACCAAUUAAGAGUUUUAAUGAGCCGACCGAGUUCGCGAGGAUCUCACAAUGAGAUUAUUUAUGCUAAUCAAGUAGAUGUCACUUCCGCCCCUUUUAUUUGCGCCAUUUUGGAUAGGGCAGUUUCUAGGCUGGAUGUGUAUUGUCUGUCAGAGAGAAGAAUGGGCAUAACGCUGUCGGCUGCCAGGCUAUCGUAGGCAGACCCAAGGCUAUCCAUUUGAAAGAGUGGGUCCGCCGGUAGCUGUUCCCAACAAUAGGACAUGCGGCCGCCCUCACCACUCAAGGGAAUGGAGGUUUUAAUGUUCUAAUGAGGCUCAGAGGCUUUCUGUUCCCAUUUGCCGACCAGAGGGAAGAGGAUAGCCCUUUUCGGCGAGGGAGAGUCCGGUCUGGAGGGUCGACCGAGGGAAGAUAGUUGUCACCUGAAAGGAUAUUACCGAGAUAGCUGGGAAGACCGUGGAAGUGUCCACACAUCGUCUCUCAGCCAUUCCGAGGUGACACACUUCACUCAGACGGGAGCACUGGAUGUGAAAGCAGGUGGGCAGAAUGUUCCAGCUCCCCGUCAAUAACCUGAGCAGUCUGCGGAAAGCGAGGAAAAAUGUCAAGAGGGUCCUGGGAGACAUCGGCUUGGAGUUCUGUAGAGACCACCUAGAGGACUAUAAGGACUAUAUUCCUCCAGAGGUGUACAUAAAGCACACUACCUGGGACGAUGUGUGCAUGUGGGAACCAUCGCAUACCAAAGUCCAGGACUACAGAUCGAAGCCCUUCUGCUGCACUGGCUGCCUCUUUUCCUCCAAGUACUUCUCUGCGUACAAGAGCCAUUUCCGCAACGUCCACAGCGAGGACUUUGAGAACAACAUUCUGCUCAACUGCCCCUACUGCACUUACAAUGGCAACAAAAAGACUCUGGAAACGCACAUCAAACUGUUCCACAUGCCCAACAGCACCGUGCGGCAGGGCCCCGGCGGAAUGGUGGCGGGAGCCGGCGGGCUCAUGAUGAAGGACGGGCUGCUGAAAAGGACCGGGGACAGCGUGGAACAGGCGGUGUACUACUGCAAGAAGUGCACCUACAGGGACCCUUUGUACAAUGUGGUGCGAAAGCACAUCUACCGGGAACACUUCCAGCAAGUGGCCCAGCCCUAUAUUGUGAAACCAGGGGAGAAGACUCAGAAUGGUGGCUCAGCAGGAGCCACAGAGAGCAAUAACACAAACAAUGUUAACAGUAACCAGAUUCACUGCAAGAAGUGUCUGUUUGUCCCAAGGACCUACGAGGCACUGGUCCAACACGUCAUAGAGGACCACGAGAGGAUUGGCUACCAGGUGACCGCCAUGAUCGGACACACCAGCGUAAUAGUCCCCCGUCCCAAACCUAUCAUCAUGAUCCCCCCCAAAACCCAGGGGGACAAGACCAUCAUCGGGAUGGGCCCAAAAGGUGCGGUAAUGGCCACGACCAGGUCUCCCGGCUCACAGCAGCUGGGUCGGGUCAUUGUCUCCUCAAAGACGGGCUUCAACGCUCAAAGUUUCCUCUCCGGGAUGAAACACGACGGAAUACGGUUAAAGGCCGGCACCACCCAGUCGUUCUCCAUUGGCGGCCAGCAGGUGAGGGUUACUUUACCAGGAAACGCGCAGGUUUCUGUACCCCAGCAGUCACAUGCAGCAAAGCAGCUUCUUUCAGGCAGCGGCCUGCGGACUCAAGUCGUGGUCAACGCCGCCUCUUCACUCAAAUCUAACUCUCUGGGCUCGCGCGUCCAGGCGGCCGCGACCACCGUCGCCUCCGUCACGGCCAAGAAAGGUGGCUCCUCAGUCCUCGGCUCAUCCUACACCCAGAAGUGGAAGAUCUGCACCAUCUGCAACGAGCUCUUCCCAGAGAACGUGUACAGCGCCCACUUUGAGAAGGAGCACAAAGCGGAGAAGGUGCCCGCAGUCGCCAACUACAUCAUGAAGAUCCACAACUUCACCAGCAAGUGUCUCUACUGCAACCGCUAUCUCCCCAGCGACACGCUGCUAAACCACAUGCUGAUCCACGGCCUCUCUUGCCCACACUGCCGUGCCACCUUCAACGACGUCGAGAAGAUGGUGACCCACAUGCGGCAGUCUCACCCGGAUGAGAGCGUCGGCCCGCGCAUGGAUUCCCCCUUGACCUUCGACCUCACGCUGCAGCAGGGCAAUCCCAAGAAUGUUCAGUUGAUCGUCACAACGUACAACAUGAGAGAUGCGCCGGAGGAGUCGGUGGCAUUUCACGCUCAGAACAACAACGCAUCCCUGUCAGCAGCCUUGACUGCCUCCCUAAUAUCAGGCAAGAGGCUGGUGCCGCAGCAUCCGCCUAAAACGCCCUCGGGGUCUGCUGACGGUGCACCAGCCAAGAGCGCUCCACAGAUGACGUUGCCCUACAAGAAGGACGUGGGCAAGACACUGUGUCCUCUUUGCUUUUCUAUCCUCAAGGGCCCAAUCUCGGACUCACUGGCCCACCACCUGAGAGAGAGGCACCAGGUGAUCCAGACAGUCCACCCUGUAGAAAAGAAACUGACCUACAAGUGUAUUCACUGCUUGGGGGUUUACACGAGUAACAUGACGGCCUCCACCAUCACCCUACACUUGGUGCACUGUCGAGGUGUGGGGAAAUCCCAAAACGGGCAGGACAGCCGGGUGGCCAAUUCUUCUCGGGUCGGCCAAGCCCAGAGCAGCACUCUGAAACGGGCCAGCUUUGAUAGCUCUGACACUAGUGCGCCGAAACGAAGGAGGCCGCCCGGGGAAAGGGCCCACCCGCGUGACAUCAACGGUCCAUCGGCGUUUGUAGAAAAUCCCGACGAGCCUGUAGUUCUGGCUCUUGACCCCAAAGGACACGAGAACGAGUCGUACGAGUCCAGGAAGGCAUUUCUAACGCAGUAUUUCAAUCAGGCACCAUACCCCACUCGACGGGAGGUGGAGAAGCUGGCCGCCAGUCUGUGGCUGUGGAAGUCGGACAUCUCCAGCCACUUUGGCAACAAAAGGAGGAAAUGCGUGCAGGACUGCGAAACCCAGAACGCCAGCGUGUUGCUUGGGUUCAGUAUGCACGAGCUCAGCAAAGUGAGUCACGAGCUGGCGUUCGUCCAGGAUGGCUCGUACGAGGCCGGACACAACAAGAGGCGGACGUCCAGCACGCACAUAGGGGUGUCGGAGCAGGCGCUCCGGAAACACAGGGAGCUCGUGGCCGCCAAUGGUGGCGUGGCGCCGCCACACAGGGGAAAGCCAACGGGGACUGUAGUCGGUACAAAAGCACCGCCAUCCGUCCCCAAACCCAACGGUGCCAGCAGAGACCAAACCAAGACAAUCAACAGCACCCUACCACAAAAAAUGCCUCUAGACCUUUCAGAGCCCAUCGCCAUUGACUCUGACAGUGAUGAGGAAGAGCAGCAGAAGGAUAAUGAGGAGGGAGAGGUACAGCUCCAUGGCAACCAACUGCUUACUGGAGCUAAGGAGAGAAUGGAGGUGGUGACAGAGGCUAAGAGCGCUUCAAAUCUAGAGGAUACGUCGGAUGAAGAUGAUGACGACGAAGAUGAUGAUGACGAUGACGACGACGACGACGACGAAGAGGCACAUGUGGAGAAUGGCUUCGGGCCCGCAGAGGGCGCAGGAAGGCCGGCUGCUAAAGAAAGAGACGCUCAUCCCAUCAUUAUUCCCAAGUUUGUACCGUCAUCCGCAAGAAGCAGGAGAGACGGGGCCCAGCUGGGCAAACAGCAGGUCUGACUGAUAAAAAAAAAACCAAAAGACUCAAACAGUCAGCGAGACACUUUAGAUUUGAUCCACCCCAACAAAUCUGCCUCGCCUGAACUGACGGACACGGCCCAGUUACAUUGGGUAUCUGCGAAGGACGGAGCGACGAGGAGAGAACUCAAAACAAGCCAUCCAGUGACUUUUAAAGGCAGGACUCAACGAGCAGCUAGGAUCCAUGUAAAGAUUUGUGAUCAAAGUUUUAACGUUUCCUCCCCCGUGUGGGAGGGGAGGUGCAAAGACAACAGAGAAGUCACACCAAACAAAUGGAAUUUAGUUAUUUUUCUUUCUUUCUUUUGCCUUCUCUAUACUUUAUUACAUGAGAUAAGGAGUUAUUAAUGUUGAUUUAGCCACUGAACUUGUAAAUGUGGCUUAAAAUAUUGAGUUGUCGUGAGGUAAAGCUUUUAAGCUGACCAGAUAAUGCAGCAUUUUUUUUUCCAUGUAGUUAUAUCCGAGAUGGGUAGUGUAAAUUUGUACAGUCUUUUAGACAUGUUUGGACAGACGUUGCCGUACAUGUA